AAUGACAAUUCAGGAACUCUUGCUCGCACCGCAUGUAGCGCAAAGAAGGAGGCGUAAACACUGACAGUGCUUCACAGCUAGCAAAGCGCCGUCAGCAAACUGAAGUUUGGCCAAUGGCGAUCACCACAUGAUUCCAUUGAGAGCAUUAUGUAAUGGAGAUGAGCAGCAACAGCGAGUGUUUUGGAUGUGGCCGCUCGGGGCACUGGAUUAAACAUUGCCCCAAUGCUGCUGGCCCACGGGGACGUGCCCGAGGCAGGGGACGAGGCAAGGAGAUGUUCUGCUAUCGGUGCGGAGACCAAGGACACAUAGCGAGGGACUGUGACCAAACUGAGGAUGCAUGCUACAACUGCCACAGGAGUGGCCACAUUUCUCGUGACUGCAAGGAACCCAAAAAGGAGAGGGAGCAGCUGUGCUACACCUGCGGUAAGGCUGGUCACAUGGCCCGAGACUGCGACCACGCCAACGAGCAGAAAUGCUACUCCUGCGGCGGCUUCGGCCACAUCCAGAAGCUUUGUGACAAGGUGAAAUGUUACAGGUGUGGUGAGAUUGGUCACGUCGCAGUGCAUUGCAGCAAAUCCAGCGAGACCAACUGCUACAACUGUGGAAAGGCAGGCCACCUGGCAAAAGAGUGCACCAUCGAAGCCACCGCAUAAUCAGUGCCCUCUGUUGCCCCUCCUUUUUUCAGAUUGAUGGUUGGUUGUAUUAUUUUCUCUGAAUCCUCUUCACUGGCCAACGGUUGGCUAACAGAGGCUAGUCCCAGGCCAGUGAGCCUCUCGACAUGUAAUACAAUGAAAGGGGUGAAAAAAAAUCUUUCUGCAUUCAAUACAAAAAUGUUUUAGUUUGGUAGCGGUGUUAUGUAUAAUGCUUUGUUAAAGAACCCCCUUUCCAAGCCACUGGUGAUCGGAGAUGAAUAAAUGGGACUAAACAUGGGAAUCUAUAGGACCUCUGAGCUUGUGGAAGUGAGUCUCUUGUCAAGAGAUAAAAGAAGGGAGUAAACGGAAACCGAACUUCCAUGUAUGGUUAUUUUGGUUUUAGUGCGAUGAGUUGGCCAAGGGAGAACGACGUGGAAACAGUUCAUAUCAUGAUACAUUUCAGCCCUACAUGCAGCAAAGUGGGCACCUACAAAUGACAUGUUCUCUUGCUAAGAUACAUUUUGGAGCUGAUAAAAGAAGCAACUUCUUUUAUAGAAAUCUGUUUACAAUUUAAGUCACUUGGUCGUCCAAGGUAGACAUUUCCUUUUUAAAAAUGGCUUUGGAAUUAUUUUUCUUUUUACCUUGGCAAAAUUAAAACACCACGACUAGUCGUAAGAACAGCAGAAUUUGGAGUUAUUUCGGAAUGAGAUGUUUUCACAGAAAUCAAAAUGUUAUUUUUGUACAAUAUCACUUAGACUACUGUAUAAAUACCAUUUGCUUGUACUCAGUUUUUAAGUCGGAAGGAAAGUGCAACUGAUGUCCUAGAAAAUAGAAAUGUAAUUUUAAACUAUCAAUAAAGCUGGAGGAGCACGGGGAGAACCUUGUCUGAA